AUGGCGCUGCUCGACCGCGUGCCCGGAGAUUUGAACCUCUACAUCGGCGGCAUGUUCACGCUACGCCGGCGCGACGCUCUUCAACAGGCUAAUAUCACUCACGUGCUGUCCGUCCUCCGCAUGCCGCUGAACCCAACCCUGUUCAGCCCCUUCACGCACAUGGUCGUUGAGGUGGACGAUGUCGACGACGAAAACCUGCUCGAGCACUUUCCGGCCACCAACCGCUUCAUCCAAGAAGGACUUGACGGCGGUGGCGGGGUGCUUGUGCAUUGUGCCAUGGGAAAAUCACGAUCGGCCGCAUGUGUCAUCGCUUAUUUGAUGCAAAAGCACAACAUCAACGUCUCGGAAGCCCUGGCUCACGUGCGGCAAGCGCGCUCCCUCGUCGAACCAAACGAGGGCUUCAUGCAGCAAUUGGAGCUGUAUGGUCGGAUGCGGACCCCGGAGAACGUCGAGGAAACUCCCGCCUACCAGCGCUGGGUCUAUCAGCGCGAGAUUGAGCUAAGCCGUGCCUGUGGCCAAGCACCAGAAGCAGAGAAGAUCCGCUUUGAAGACGAGCAUGUCACCGAUCAAGCUGCAAACUUCGAGCUGAGAUGUCGCAAAUGCAGACGCCCUCUCGCAACGUCCCAAUUCCUCGUCCCACACAGCUCUUCCCCGAUAGUCAACGACCAAGGCGAGCAGAGACCUGUAGUCGGCCCGCCUCAGAACUGCGCCCACUACUUCCUAGAUCCGUUGUCCUGGAUGCGCCCAGAGCUAGAGCAAGGCAAACUGGACGGCCGACUCGAAUGCCCCAAAUGCCAUACUAACGUAGGUAAAUACGCCUGGCAAGGGAUGCAAUGCAGCUGCAGUGAAUGGAUCGUGCCUGGAAUCAGCCUUUCCAAGAGCCGUGUCGAUGAAGUCAGGAGGAAAGCCGUUGCCGAAAUUCGCCGUCCACCAGGAAUGGCAGUCCCACCCCCGGCGAAUACAAGCUAUUCGAGGCAGAACCUAUAG